CUUAAGCAGUUAUAUCGAAUAAUUCUCUCGAAGAGGUCUCAAUCAAGAUGCAGUUUCAAGUGGUCUUCCUAUUUCUUGUCUUCAUCACUUGCAGCUCAUCCUAUUUUCUUGGCCAUCGAAAUGGAAUAUUAUUAGAUAUGCUUACGAGACCCAAAACGGGUUCUGCACAAACACGAUGCACUGAUGUUUUAUGCUGUCCUGAAGGUUCUAUUUGUGGUAUCGGUACCGCUUACUGUUAUAAUACUUAUGGAGUAUUGCAACAGUUAAUGAAGAGCUGCCAAUGAUAUAACUGAUUGUAUUAUCAUAUUUGAAUUGGAAAGAAAUGUCAGGAUACUGGUGUCCAACAUUGUAGAAUGAAACUGAAAUAAAUGUUUUCAUUUAUUUAAUUUAUCUUGUGAGGAGAUUAUGAGCUCUACGUGUCCUGGAUUUUCAAGCAGCAAUCAUUUAUCUCAGUCAUCGAAGCUUUGGCAGGUGAAGUCACGUGGAAACUAUGGUGCCCGCGGGCAAAGGGUUGGGGACCCCUUUCUUACUGUGUCUCUAAUGUUUAAUUGGGUCCUAUAAGUCUAAAAUGUUUGAGACAAAAACACCUAUAGAAUUGUAGUACUAGAUGGUUGUAUCAUUGUUAAUAAACUUGUAUGUUAAUGUACUGCUAAUUUAUAUUAUUUUUUGUUGUUUUUAUCAUUUUUAUUUUGAUAUGUAAUAGUUUUAUAUUUAUAUAACGUAAAAUACUAUUUAAAAAUUAAAAAAAAAAAACUAUUGAGUUUCAACAAGCAGUAUUUUUUUUUUAACUUAGCAAAAGUUCAUUUUUCAAUUUCUUUUUUUUUAUCCCUUUUACGAUAUGGUUAUGAUCAUAUACUUACGUAGACACUUUUUAAAUGACAUAUUUCACUUUCCUUUUUAAGUAAAAAUUUAGUGCAUAUUUAUUAGAAGAAUUUAAUUUAUAUAUAUAUUUUCACAUUUACUUAUUGUACUUUCU